AUGGACUCCGACGAUGACUUCAUGUCUGGCAUGUCCAGCGAUGAGGAUGAUGUUCUGCAAGAUGAGAGCGACAAUGAUGAUGGUUCUGUAGACGAUUUCGGCUUCGACGAACCCGAACCCGACUUAGGCUUCUCGCAGAAAGAUGUCGUGCAGAAAAAGAAAUCCUUCGACGUCAACUUCAAAGUUUACCACCCCGAAGACAUCCAGGCCCAACAAGAUGACCUGAUCAACGAAGUCAACAUGAUUCUUGACAUCCGGAAGGAGGAUGCCGCGAUCCUGUUACGACACUUCCGCUGGAACAAGGAGCGGCUGAUAGAAGAUUAUAUGGAUCGUCCCAAGAAGGUACUCGAAGACGCUGGGUUGGGACCAAACGUGGCAGGCCCACCAAAGCUCGAGGUCAUACCUGGUUUCAUGUGCGACAUCUGCUGCGAAGAUGAGCCCGGCUUACAAUCAUUUGCCAUGAAGUGCGGACAUCGAUAUUGUGUCAACUGCUAUCGACAAUACUUGAACCAGAAGAUAAAGGAAGAGGGAGAAGCUGCUCGCAUCCAAUGUCCACAAGAUGGAUGCAAAAGAAUUAUGGACGCGAAAUCAUUAGACCUCCUGGUUGAAUCUGACCUUCAACAAAGAUACCAUGAACUCCUCAUGAGAACCUUUGUCGAAGAUAAGGAAUAUUUGAAGUGGUGCCCCGCUCCAGACUGUCAGAACGCCAUAGAGUGCGGGAUCAAGAAGAAGGAUCUCGAUAAGGUUGUGCCGACAGUUACCUGCGACUGCAAGCAUCGCUUCUGCUUUGGCUGUAUCCUAGCGGAUCACCAACCAGCUCCCUGCGAUCUGGUCAAGAAGUGGCUCAAGAAGUGUGCAGACGAUUCGGAAACGGCCAACUGGAUUUCAGCUAACACAAAAGAGUGCCCGAAAUGUAACUCGACCAUCGAAAAGAAUGGAGGCUGCAACCACAUGACUUGCAGGAAAUGCAAGCACGAGUUCUGCUGGAUGUGCAUGGGCUUGUGGUCAGAGCACGGAACGAGCUGGUACAAUUGCAAUAGGUUCGAAGAGAAGAGCGGGUCGGAAGCUCGCGAUGCUCAGGCGAAAUCUCGAGUCUCCCUUGAGAGAUACCUCCAUUACUAUAACCGUUAUGCAAACCACGAGCAAUCUGCUAAGCUCGAUAAGGAUAUCUAUCAGAAGACCGAAAAGAAGAUGAUCCAGCUGCAGACCGCAUCCGGAAUGUCGUGGAUUGAAGUGCAGUACCUGAACUCGGCCUCGCAAGCUCUUCAGAUCUGCCGUCAAACUUUGAAGUGGACGUACGCAUUCGCCUUUUAUCUCGCCCGCAACAACCUCACAGCCAUGUUCGAAGAUAACCAAAAGGACCUGGAAAUGGCGGUCGAAGCCCUCUCCGAAAUGUUCGAGAAGCCGGUCCAAGAACUAGCAGACCCUAAGCUGAAGGUAGAAAUCAUGGAUAAGACAUCAUACUGCACGAAGCGUCGACUCAUCUUGCUGGCCGAUACAGCAGACAAUCUGGCAAAUGGUGUGUGGUCCUGGUCUAUCAGUUUUUGA